UGCGGAUGGGCUGAAAGGUAGUUCAUGCGCCUCUGGAAACUCCGAGGAGAGAAAGUGAUUUAUAGGACGGCGAGCUGCCUUUUCAUUCAUUGAAUGCAGAAAAAGACUCCAGAACUUAAACCGGCCGCCCCGUUCCUCGUCUCCCGUCCCCUACAGAUCAGCUGCUUAAAACAAAACAAACAAACAAACAAACAUCGAAAGAAAACUUCUAUUAAUAUAAGGGUCUGCUUUAUAUAGAAACUAGAAACCCAGUGACUUCUAGAAAACAGCAGCAGGGGCUAGUUCGUCAAGUGGUAGAAAAGAAGCCAGUUUAAGGGAGGAGAGGUAGUGCAUUCUUACUGCAACCUGUGAGUUGUUUGGAAUUGAUGGUAAUUGUUUAGAGAGUGAUAACUUUGUGUCCCGUUGGAGGACUGUAUUGUUAAAUCAGCUUAAAGUUUUCUAAAGGCCAUUGCAAAAACGCCUUUUGUAAAAAAAAAAAUGAGUAUUUCAAGUCUGAAAUUGAAAUUAUUGUAUAGGGAUGGAGCUCUCUCAUGCAGUUGUUCUUCAAUUUUUAAUCCAGGAGUCAGUGAGGGUUGUUUGUUUUUCUGGCAGUGCUGUAAAGAAACAUCCACUAAAUGCUGUAGACGUUUUUAAAAACAGAACAGCAGUGGCUAAUGAGUGGCUGUUGCUUAUUUGUUUAGGCAUUACAAUGCUACACUUAUUUUCUGAAAACAGCUCAGAUACAUUAUGCAAUUUAAUUCUCCCUGCAAUCUGUGAGAUAGUUGUUCUUUCAUUGUAAGGCUAACUUUAAAACUUCUAAUGUUACAUUCUAAAACAUGUUGACAUACUUGCCCAAGAUCACACAGUAUCCAUAGAAAAUAGGCACGUAAACCAUGCUGUGAAUUCAGUGCUCUUGCCAUUACUUUACACUUGUUGUAGUUACUCAUCUUUACCAUCACCAACAGUGUGAUUUGCUGAAAUUUAAAUAUGGGGAACGGGGGAAUUAUUUUCCAUUCAGAGUAAACUUAUAAGGUCCUGGAGUUUCUAGAACCGUAAACAAUGUUUUACGGAACCAUAGGGCAUGCCAAACAUUGGUCGAUCACCUUGUAUGAUGUGCCUAGGCAAAAUGGCAAUUUAAUGAGCCCUGGGGGAAGGGUGGUGAGUUAGUAACUGGGCUGUGGUUUUGACUAAUCUUUGCUUAAAGGUUUAUUAAGAAAUCUUUUGUAGAAUAUGUAUAUACAGUAGCUUUGGAUGCUGAAACAUCGAAGAAACAACUGAAGUUCAGACAUUUUUCUAGGCAGAGAAUCCAGACUCAAGAAUUGCUUUCUUUAGUUUGUGCUUUUAGUUAAAAAAAGCAAAACCUGCACUUUUUUGGGUUUAUGUCAGUACAUGCCAUGAAUGUGACAUCAGAAAUAGAAACCUACUUCUCCGCACUUAAACUCAUCUUAGGAUGAGAGAGAUUUGACGUAUUUGAAGGUAAAGGAAAAGGAGCCAGUGGAGAGAUAGAUGUUGAAGAUCUACACAAGAGAAAGGGGAGAUAAUAAAGAAGCCUUGGGAAGAAAUAAAACCUUAAAGCACAUGAAGAGAUCAAUACCACUGCCUGGUCUCCUUGGUUUCAGAGUCCUUUCAUCAUCAUUGCUGUCAGUGAGAAAUUGUAACCCACCUCCCUAAACUGGUUCAUAGUGGCAUGGAAGAUCGAUUUGAUUCGUCUUCGGUAGGCUCUUGAGCAAACUCCAUUACUCCUGUGGCUCUGUGGCUGGAGAGUUCUAACCAAGCCCAGUAUCAGGAAAAGUAGGUGUGGACUUGUAGGGCUGUGCUGCUCAGCAGCUAGAAUGUGGUUGGCAGUCUCCUCCCCUUCCUGCACUUCAGCUCUUCACUGUUGCACUCUGGAAUGACAGGCAUUCCUGCGUGAAGAGAGCCAGUGUGAGGACAUAUUUGUAAGAGUCACAAGUGCCCAGACCAGGGUAAACGAAGACAGAAACUCCAGCAGAUUAACUGGUCUCAUGCCGUUUCUUGAAGCUUGGCGGUGACACUGAAAGAGGACUGCCUAUCCCCUCCUUAUGUGGAUUUAUCUUUUGAGAAAAGUUUGCUUUAGUCCGGGAUAGUUUGUUGUCGUGAGGCACCAUAUAAUAUAAUCAUGGGGCAAGCUGACGUCUCCAGACCGGUAAAUCCAGAUGCAUUUGAAGAAGCAGGCCAGCCCAUUGCAGACCCAGGCAUGGUCAUGGACAGUGUGGAAGCAGGAGAGACAACGCCUCCCAUCAAAAGGAAGAGCAAGUUCUCAGGCUUUGGCAAGAUCUUCAAGCCGUGGAAGUGGCGGAAGAAAAAAAGUAGCGAUAAAUUCAAAGAGACAUCGGAAGUUUUAGAGAGAAAAAUAUCUAUGCGAAAACCGAGAGAAGAGCUGGUUAAGAGAGGGGUUCUGUUGGAAGACUCUGAGCAGGGUGGUGAGGAUCCAGGGAAAUUGGGCCACACCAUGUUAAAAAAUGGUCACACCACUCCUAUAGGGAGUGCCAGAUCUUCUAGUCCAAUCCAAGUAGAAGACGAGCCAGGAAGACUACCAAGUCUUAGGAAACCUGUUCCAGAAGAGGACCCAAAGAAGCGACUUGGCUCAACUGGAAGCCAGCCUACUUCUGAAUCAGAGUCUGUUCCUGAGAAUGCACCCAGACAGCCUUUACUUCCCCCUAAAAGACCUCUAUCCUCUUCUCACGAAGCAAAUGAAGGACAAGCAAAGGAUGCCACUUCCUCUGGCAGCUCAGCAAGGUCCAUCUCCUCCAUCUCCACUGCUGCCACCACCACAACACCUGCUGCCACCAGCCUAGCAAAAACUGUUAAUUCCUCCGUGCCCCCCUCCCCAGCACCCAGGACUCUGCUCACUGCUCCCACCAGCACUAACACUACUGCUGCCCCAAGCAUCACUCAUACCAUCCCUGCCAAGCAGCCCCCUGUCCCUCCCCCUAAACCAGCUCACAGAAAUAGCAACCCUGUCAUUGCUGAACUGUCCCAAGCAAUCAGCAGUGGUACGUUGUUAUCAAAACCAUCCCCACCCUUACCACCUAAAAGAGGCAUUCCAUCAACCUCGGCACCCGCCUCAGAGUCUACUGCUGUCACCACAAAAGCACCAAGUGAUCAAAGAGAAAAGAACACAUGCUGUGUGGGCUCUGAGUCACUGCUGAUGAUCCCACCUCCCUCUCCGUCCCCCCCACUACCUACUCAUAUACCUCCAGAACCACCACGGUCCCCUCCAUUCCCUGCUAAGACUUUUCAGGUUGUGCCAGGAAGUGAGUUUCCACCUUCCUUAGAUUUACCCCCAGAGGUUCCCCAACAAGAAGAUCAGAAAAAGGAAGUACCCAGGAGGAUACCGGACCAGAGCUCUGGAGAGCCCCACACACCCUCUAGGCUGCCCCCUCUCCCACUGCAUAUCCGAAUCCAACAGGCCCUGACCAGCCCACUUCCCGUGACUCCUCCCUUGGAAGGCUCUCACAGAGCUCAUUCGUUGCUCUUCGAGAACAGUGAACACUUCUCUGAGGAGAGCAGUACCCUGGAAAGGACCAGAUCACUUCCCAUCACUAUUGAAAUGCUGAAAGUUCCAGACGAUGAAGAAGAGGAGCAAACUCAGAUAUUUGCAUUCGAUGAAGUUGUGACAUCUACCUCAGCUGUUCCUAAACUACCACGGUGUCUACAGGAAGAAGAGGGGGAGAAGGAGAGUGAUUCUGAUUCAGAAGGUCCGAUUCAAUACCGAGAUGAAGAGGAGGAAGAUGAUAGCCAUAAUAGUGCUCUUGCCAACAAAGUCAAGAGGAAGGAUACACUUGCAAUGAAGUUGAACCACAGACCACCCAGUGAACCAGAGCCGGACAUGAAUUCUUGGCCACGAAAAAGCAAAGAAGAGUGGAAUGAAAUACGGCACCAGAUUGGGAACACACUGAUCAGACGACUAAGUCAAAGACCAACCCCAGAGGAACUAGAACAAAGAAACAUACUGCAACCUAAAAACGAAGCUGAUCGUCAGGCAGAAAAACGAGAGAUUAAACGCCGGCUCACUAGAAAGCUCAGUCAAAGGCCGACUGUGGCUGAACUACUUGCUAGGAAGAUUCUGAGGUUUAAUGAAUAUGUGGAGGUAACAGAUGCUCAAGAUUAUGAUCGGCGAGCUGACAAACCCUGGACCAAACUGACCCCUGCUGACAAGGCUGCCAUAAGAAAAGAAUUAAAUGAAUUUAAAAGCUCAGAGAUGGAGGUUCAUGAAGAGAGCAAGCAUUUUACACGCUACCAUCGUCCAUGAGGCUGAAGUCAGAAAGGAACUCAACAACCCCCAAAACUGCGCUGCUUUGGCUGCUCCAGUCUCCAGAGUGUCAUGAUGGAAUAUCUGUACUUCUGAGCACAGCCAGAUUGAGUUCUCUGGGAUAGAGUUCUGGAGUGAACAGCACUUCUAUGAAUGUAUCUUUUUUCACUGGAACAAAUUUUCACGUGCUGCCUUGGGCAAAACCAAACACACUUCGUCAGUGCUUUUGAACCUUAUCACGUUGCAGCGUAUUUGAGGGGUCUUUCCUCACCAGCCACCAUAUUUCUGUAUCACUUGCAGGUUCCAAGUUUGAUUGGCUGCACCACAUCCCCGCCACAAGAUGAUUGCCUGCUCUCAGGCACACUUCCACCAUGAGCCUUACCUGCCCUGUCCUGCUUGUGGGACCCACCACAUAGGCACUGAAUUGCUGCCCUCAUAUCCAAUGGUGAUGGGGAAAACCUGGAUGCCCUGGCCUUCUGACAAAGGGCCUGCAGAGGAAUCAGGCCCUUUGCCUUCACACCACGUUGGCCUGUUGGCUGAAAGUACUGCACUGUACAUCUUGUCACAGCAGUAACCCUCCUUGGGCAUUCCAGUCUGAGAGAAGCUCAGGAUCUGCCGUGACCUGUGGCACAGGUCUUACUGAUUUUUUUUCCCCCAAAGAAGAAUGAUCUUGAAGAAACAAUGGCAAUCCUCUCUAUUAAACAGUCUGAGCUACAUCCAGAUUCUAAGUUGGUAAAAUAAGAAAGUAAUAUGUUUUCUUUAUACAAAAGAAAAGCCAGAAAUGCCUUUAUAUUAAUAACAACUUGGGGAAAAACUGAUUCAUAGAUUAUAGGCUGUUGUCUCUCUUUUGUACAAUGAUACUUAAAAUCAUUCUGACCAAUAGACAUAUUCUUUGUAAGUUAUAGCAACUCUGUUUGAGCACUUCCACCUCCCAGUCCCCAAACUUCAAGACAGAAUCACAGCAAGGUCCUAGGAACGUGGAGCACUACAUUGGAAAAGGUUUUUGAAGAAACAGAAGGGUGUGCUCCUGACCCACUGCACCUCCCUUCUCAGUGCUGUUAGCUCUCUCCUGCUGUGCUCUUGUCUGAACUCCUGCUGCCCCUCCCUGACAGCUGCCACCUCACUCACCCCUUCUCUUCCAAGUAGCCGGUGUACUUGGUGCCUGGGGGCUUUGGCUCAAUCCUGACUCUUUUAUAUUUGUAAUAUAAAUGUGAUUUCCUAAAAUGGGAGAUACAGUUGCUUUCCUUGAAUUUUUAUUGAAAAACCAUACAGCCUCACUCUUUUAAUUCCUAUCCACAUUAAGUAGAAGAACGUUUCUAUUUAACUGGUGAAUGGCUUUCUCUUUAAUUGUUCAGAAAAUUGUGGCUGUAGUAUAAACUGCUUCUGCAAUCCCUGUUCUAUAUGUGAUUGUUCAGUAGGUAUUUCUCAAUUUUUCCUAUCAUGUUCAUGUAAGAUUUGCUGAAGAAUCAAGAAUAUCAGGUCAAAACAAAAAAGCUAAAAUGACCUUAAAACUUUUUGGGCCUCCCUGAUAGCACAAGGAGUUAAGACACAGCACUGUGAAGCUGUCUGCAGCCGCUGCAGCACGGGUCCCAUCCCCAGCCAGGGAAGUGACCCAUAUGGCACAGCAGACCUCUUCUGUCUCACCCACUGCUCCCCUCAGCAGUGUAUUUCGGUCAGUCCUCUUAUUCUGUUCCCCACUCUGUCUCUGGUGAAUCCUCUUACCCCCCAUGCCUCUGGCCUAUACCCCAGUUCUUUUAUGCAUGGAUGAAUGGAUCUUUUUUUUUUUUUUAAAAAAAAAAAAAGUAGUUUCAUCUCUCUGUAUGGGGAGUCGGGGAGUAUUCAAAUUUCUCAGUACCAUUGAUUCGUUAUGGUUCUUGAGAUAUACCGGGUUCACAUCUCCUUGAAGCUCCUUAACAUUUGGGCAACUGAGGGGAAAGUAAGUGAUUCUAAAAGUUAUUAGAGGUCUGUAGGUAAGGUGGCCGCACAUUCACUGCUAACUUCUAACCUUUCCAGUCUUGUUGGUUUGGAGACUGCUUGGUUUAAACAAGCACCCUCUGUAGCUUGAGAUGACAUUUUCAGGCCUUUCUUCCACUGUCUGUCUUUUCCCUUAAUGUGCCAAGAGUGAAACAGGAUUUAAUUUCCUGAGCUACUUGUCUGCUUUCUAUGUGCCACCAAGGAAUCUGGUUCAUCCUUCAUCUCAUUCCUAUUCUUUUGAAAUGAGAUGCUUUGGGAGUCAGGUCUUUUCAGGUGGAUUUUGUCUUUUUUUUAACAUAUAUAUAUAUAUAUAUAUAUAAUGGAUUUUGUGUUCCUUUUCCAUGUACGUAACAAUUCACCAUCAUAAUGUAAAGAAGAAAUAAAACCCUGAUGUAUUGUACUUCAAGAUGUUUUUCCCUGAUGUACAGAAUCUUCCUGUAAAAUAAAUAAUUGCAUUGUAUAUCAGU